ACAUGAAGGCCUGGUACCUACUUCCACUCGUCUCUUGUCGACUGGUAUGAACUGAUUCAAUGUCCCUUCUAGAAACUGUGUUCGAAAUUCAUGACAUAGAUUUAUACACGACUAUUAUCCCUGCUCAAUGUCAGCUGAGGUCCCUAAUGGGUCGAAUUACAUGCAAUCUAAGGGGAAUUCUUUGAGAAAGGUGUCAGAGAAUGGAAGCGAAAACGGCCAUCAAUCGAGAAAUUUGCGAUCAUCUUCGACGCCAUUACAACAGAAGCUCGAACUACGUCUUCAGAAGAGCAGACGGAAAAAUGGAAAUGGUGUUAUAACUUCUCAACCAAACGGAUUUGCAAGAUAUAAAAAUGGAUCCUCAAAAAAGCACAAGCUUGAUAAGAGGCCGCUCUUUGCCAUGGAUUCCGACAGCAGCGAUGAAGAGCUGACAGUACGGCAGUACUCUAAACAGAGUAAACAAGGUCUAACAAGCAGUCAAAACUCUAAGGAGCUAGCAGAGUGUGAGGAGAGACUACUUAAAGAUGGCUAUAGACUGGAUGAAAUGUCAGACGAGGAGGACUUAGAUCUCAUUCCUCCACGGUCUGUAGACACUAAAUGUUGUGGUGUCUCUAUUAACAGCUGUGUCAUUUCUUGAUGAAUAGUCAUCCAAAAUUUAGGAAAUUAUGUACAAUAUUGUUUAUAUAGGUUAAUAAUCCCUUGCUGAUUUUAGAUUAUUUUGAAAAAUGAGGCUAGGGUAAUCUUACUUAAAUUCUGUUUUUACUGACUUUUCCUUUUGAAAAUAAAAUGAACCUUGAGAUUAUUUGCACUUGGAACAGAUAAAGGGGAGUUCAUUCUACAGUGAGUAAUAUAGUCCACAAAAAACUGUUAGUCAACUCUGUUACAGUAGGUAGCCUACUACAAAAUCAUGGCUUUUACAGUUUGUAAUUCAUGUUCUAAUAAGGUAGUCAGUUUAUACUCUUUCUGAAAGUCAAAAUGACAGCUAACGAGGAUUAAAGGGGGAUUAUAUUUUAAAGAGAAGAAACCCCACUUAUUGAUAGAGAAAGUGUUUUCAAGAAGAAAAAAAAUGAGCAUUUAUUAAUGUUGAUUGCGAUUUGGUUUGAAUGUUUGGUUACACAUUAGCACAAAUAAGUAUUGUAUUAUAAGAUUGUGACAUAUAAAGCAAAUGAUUCAUGGGACCACAAGGCAUCCCUAUUAUUUAAAUCUAUUUUAUGUGAUUCACAACUGAAUCAAAAGCAAAAUAGAAUAUCCAUUUAACAUACAACAUACAUGUUUGUUUUAAUUCUCUCUCUUACUGGUCAUUUGUCUUGUUAACGAAAAUUUAGCAGAAUCUUCAAUGGGAACACGUAUAGAAAUAAAAACCUAACACAG